AAGGAGGGUUUCUCCGACCAGGACGCCGAUGAGUUGGCCGUAAGCCAUUUUGAACUGGUCAAGGAAAGCGCCAAUCGUUUCAUGACGUUGACCAGCUACGGCGGCAUGCCCAGCCCGAUGGAUUGGUUGUUGCGAUUGCGGACGUAUGGCAUGAAGAUUCGGUUCAACACCAACGCGGACGGCGUAAUGGAAUGGGUGGGCGACACGUUGUUGUACGGCCAUAUCCGCUUCACGAUGCCCGGUUUGCGGUCGAUGAUCCACGGUUUGGUGGAAACGGCACGGUUCGAAUUGCAAAAGCAGUUGUUGUUACUAGACAUCGACGAGGAUGGUCGGUUAGCGGAAGGGGCCACGCCGUUGCCAGCAAUCCAUUGGGACAGUAUCGUCGACGACCCAGCCGAGAUGAAGUGUUACAAGCAACAAAAGGAACUCCACCCUUGA